CACACAGCGGAGGGAGAGAGAGCCGCAACGGCAGCAGCAACAGCAGCAGCAGCAGCAGCUCGGGGGCCUGGGAGCGUAGGAUCACGUUGCUGGGGGAGCCCUGCGGAAUUAAGCUUCCUUCCUCCUCCUCCUCCUCCAUCUCCUCCACCUGUUCCGCCGCACCAAGCCCCAGCGGGAAGGCUGCUUAGCCGUUUGUCCCUCGCGUGGCUCCGGGUGGAAGAGGAUUGUCGCCAGAGGCUGAAGCGCUAAGGACCAUAGGACCUAAGGAUAGGAAUAGAUCUGGACGUCAAAAGUUGUAUUAUUAUUAUUAUUCAAUCGCCAUUAAAGAGCCCCUCUCUCCCCUUUGUACCCCUUCUCCCUUUUAGGAACAGAGCCAUUAGAGAUCUCUUCCCCAGCCACCCAGCCUUCUCCUCCCCUCCCCUCCUUUGGCAGGGUUCCUGCUGAUGGAUGCGGUGGCGGGGAGAGAGUAAGGGGAACGCCGCAUGUCUGCCUCCCCUCCUUCUCGGGGCAUCCCAACCGGCCUAGCCCUGCCUCCGAUGCCUCUCGGCCCCUGAUCGAUGCGUGGAAGACCCCCUUCCGCCAGAGCGCCUCCGGGCCCCGAAGUUGCGGCGGUCAGAUUCUGCUCCGGAGCCCUAUGGCGAAACUACGGCCGCUUCUCCUCCUCUUGACGGCCGGAUGGGCGGAAGACCUGACCCCUUGCUAAGAGAGAGGCCGGCGGGGGACUAUAUCAUCGGGAUCCCUCUCUCUUUCUAUCCGGAAAGUGGCGUUGGAGACCCAGGCUUGCUUUGGGCGGGGGGCCGCUGCCAAGAUGUCCCUGCGCCAGUCGGAGCUGGAGGCGAAGGCGAAGGCGGCGGGGGCUCCUUAAGGCGCCGCUCUGACCUUGAGACGCCCAGCUCCAAAAUCUCGACAGAGAUCUAGCUCUCGCUCUCCUCGCCUCGAUCCUUAUUGAUGGAUUAAAGGAAGAACCUUUGGGGCCUCCCUUCAGUGUAACUGGAAGAGUGGGAGUGGAAGCCACCAAUUCCCCCCCCCCCCCCAUUUAAAGAAAAAAAGGGGGCAGAAUCUGAAGUCUUGGGUUUGGGCACAGUUUUGCUGCAAGCGAGCGAGCCUUCCCCCUUCCUUCCUUCCUUCCUUCCCUCCCUCCUUCCUCUUCUUCCUCCUUCCUUCCUUCCUCCCUCCCUCCUCCUCCUCCUCCCUCCUAAUGGCUCCCUUAGGUGAAGUUGGCAACUACUUCGGCGUGCAAGAGGCGGCGGCGGCGCCCUUCGGGAACGUGCCGGGGCUGCCUGCCGACAGCCCGGUCCUGCUGAGCGACCACCUGGGCCAGGCCGAAGCCGGGGGGCUGCCCAGGGGACCCGCCGUCACGGACCUGGACCACUUAAAGGGCAUCCUCAGGCGGAGGCAGCUCUACUGCAGGACUGGCUUCCACUUGGAGAUCUUCCCCAACGGCACCAUCCAAGGCACCAGGCAGGACCACAGCAGAUUCGGUAUCCUGGAAUUUAUCAGUAUAGCAGUGGGCCUGGUCAGCAUUCGAGGGGUAGACAGUGGACUUUAUCUUGGAAUGAAUGAGAAAGGCGAACUAUAUGGCUCGGAAAAGCUAAGCCAGGAGUGUGUGUUCAGAGAACAAUUUGAAGAGAACUGGUAUAAUACAUAUUCAUCGAACCUAUAUAAGCACGUGGACACUGGAAGACGAUAUUAUGUUGCAUUAAAUAAAGAUGGGACUCCAAGAGAAGGGACUAGGACUAAACGGCAUCAAAAAUUCACACAUUUUUUACCUAGACCAGUGGACCCAGAGAAAGUCCCUGAACUAUAUAAGGAUAUUUUAAGCCAAAGUUGACAAAGACAUUUCCUUCACUUGAGCCCUUAAAAAAAGUAACCACUAUAAAGGUUUCAUGCGGUGGGUUCUUAAUUGAUUAGCUGUGUCAUCACAUCAGCUCCACUGUUGCCAAACUUUGUCGCAUGCAUAAUAUAUGAUGGAGGCUUGGAUGGAACAUGCUGAUUUUGUUCUGCACUUAAAGGGUUUGUCUUCCUGGAGGAGAGCCUAUGCCCAUCGCUUGAUUUAUUAGGAGAGAAAGGAAGGAAGAGUGAAAAUGUGUGAAAGUGAAAGAGAAAGAAGUGGAAGCAAGAAGGAAGGGGGGAAAAGGCCUGAUGCAUGCUAGGAAACAGACACGCUUUUAAAUUUUUUGAUCCGUUAUACUUCAUUCUAUAUCAGCAUAGUUGCCAUACUUUGAAUCAUCAGGAAUUUUGGCUGGUGGCCUGCUCAAGUGUACGCUGCAUUUUUUAAAAAAAAGGCAUGGAAGGUUCAGUCUUACUUAAACAAAAGAGACUUAUUUUCGGUUUGACUGCUCAAGUGGGAGUCACCCCUUGUUGAGUUUCAAGCAAACACCUCUUAGGUAAAACAGGAAGUGAU